CCGUGAAUGGUGUCACUGUCUGGAAUGUUCCUCCUGGACAAUCUCAACUCACCAUUUGAUAUAUCCCACAAGGCGAGAGUCGAGACGUCGACCCCCUGAAUCAAGAGUCAAGACAUGACAUCUUACUGCCUCCGUGCCUCUGCCUCACACACACGCCCGGCAAAGAAAAUGGCGAUACGAAACACAUCACAACUCAGACCUCUUCUCAUUCUUUCCCUCGUGCUUGCCUUCUUCCUCCCACUGUCUCUGGCAACCCAGACGCCAAACCACCCAGGUCUUCUGGGUAGGUCAUAUGCAUCCACUCUACCAGCAUCAUCGCCAGCCACUCCAGCCGCAUCAUCCCUACCGACCUCACUACCGACCUCGUCCGAGCUCGAGAACGCACCCGAACGAAACCGCCAGCUUGCGCGCCGUCAGCAGGCAGAAGGCGCGCCUUGCCCCGACGAGGAAGGCCGAUGGAACUGCAUGACGACGAGAUGGCAGCGUUGCGCCGCAGGACACUGGAGUCCCGUCAUGGACAUGUCCGAGGGGACCGUGUGCGAGCCGUCUGGGUUGACGUACGACUUUCGAAUUCUGCAUGAGGGGGACGCUGGGGGUGCUGCCACGAGCGAUGCUGCGCCUAGCGGGGCUGGGGCAUCCGGGGGUGGGCCUAGAGGGUCUCUCAUGGCGGGUAUUCGGUCUUUGUAUCUUGUUUCGCUUGUCUGUGGGGUUGUGGGAGUUUGGUAUGAUUUGGGGCUAGGUUCUUGGUGGUAAGGGGGGUGGGAAGGGGUGAGAUGGGUGUCAGGAAAAGGGGGCUGGACAGAUUCAGGGGUUCAGGAUACCGCCAAGAAAUUCUUCAACGAUUAGUCCUAAACAGGGAUUCAGGGCCUCGUUUGCUCCAGUGGAAUCAAAAUCAAGAAGAAACAAGAAAGGCCAGUUUCAUGCAAGCGUUCCUUCUCGGGGCUGCCCUUACUGAGUAUAUGUGAUCUUACUUUAU